AUGUCUUCAAGGGCAAGGCCAACAAAAAGAAAGCGAAGAGUGAAAGAAAAAAAAAAAAAAAUUCUUCCUCUUGAUCUACAGUUAACUUCCCAUAAUCAACCACCACCACCACCACCACCACCACGACUAAUGAGUUUAAUAACAAAGACGAUAAUUUUUAAAAGAACUUUAACCACCAAGUUUUCUACUGAAGAAGCCAAAAAACAAGCUGCUGCACAAUUAGCCAUACAAUCACUUAAAGAUUUUGGUUCAUUACUUUCAAAUUCAUCCGAAGAUACUCAACCAAUCGAUACCCAACCAAUAUAUAAUAAUCCCGAAUUAUUUGCUUCAUUAAGUUUAUUACAUCAAGGACAAGUGAUUAAAGAAUUACAAGAUAAAUUUGAUAAAGAUUGGUUGAAAUUAACUUUAAAAGAUAAAAAAUUGAGUUAUUAUAUUGCUUAUGGAAAUUGGGGAGUUCGAGAAAAAUUUAUAAAUUGGAAUAAUCCAAAUGAACCACCAUUAGAUUUACCAUUUAAAUUACCAACAACAACCAUUAUAAAAUCAAGAAAUCCUGCUGAUGAUGUUAAAACGAAAACGAUAAUUAAAAAAUUACCAAUGGUGAAUUUAAAUGAAACUGAAGUUAGAAAAGAACAAUUUGAUAUUAAAAGAAUGGAUGGUGUUACGAAAUUUUUCAUAUAUUUGAUGAUAUUUAUUUCAUUAUUGGCUAUUGCUCGUGAUAAAAAUAUUGGAGAAAAUGGGAAACCUGAACAAAUAAUUAUAGAAGAUAAAUAUGAAAUACAACGACAAGAAAGGUUGAAGAAGAAGGAAGAAGAAGAAGAAGAAGAAGAAGAAAAAGAGAAGGAAAGACUUCGAAUUGAAUUAGAAGAAAAACGACAAUUUGAACUUGCUAAAAAGAAUAAAAAAUGGUAUUAUUUAUGGUUGAAAUAG